AUGUCGAAGGGACAGACCAUUCGCGACUGCAGUCAUGCUGGCUCAUGGUAUUCAGACUCUUCCUCGAAGCUGAAUGCCGAGCUUGAUGGCUGGCUCGCAGCGGUCGAUGCGCCAGUGACCUGUAUCGGCCCAAGAUCUGAAGGCGAGCAAGUACAGCAAUUGCCCGUGCCUGGCGCCCGCAUGAUCAUUGCACCUCAUGCUGGCUACUCGUACUCCGGCCCCGCUGCAGCGUGGGCCUACAAGGCAUGGGACGUCUCCAAAGCCAACAGGAAGAAGGUCUUCCUACUCGGCCCUUCGCACCACCACUACCUUACCAAAGCUGCACUGUCGCGAUGCACCCAGUAUGCUACGCCAAUCGGCAACUUGACUGUCGACCGCGAAACCACGGCAGAGCUGCAUGCAACCGGAGUCUUCGAGUGGAUGUCACAUUCUGUAGAUGAGCAAGAACACAGCUUAGAGAUGCAUCUUCCCUACAUUUACAAGAUGCUGUCAAGAACCUUCGGUGAAGACUCAGCACACUUUCCUCCCCUGGUACCUCUCAUGAUUGGCAACACUUCACCUUCAACCGAAAAGGCCCUUGGACGCCGGUUGGCCCCCUAUCUAGCCGAUCCCAGCAAUGCAUUCGUCAUUUCUUCGGACUUUGCUCACUGGGGACUUCGCUUCCGCUACACAUAUUACCGACCAUCGACUGGUACGGCUGUCGACCUGACCUCAUCGUCGAGAUCUCCGAAGGAGCCGGCCAUCCAUGACUCCAUUAAAACGGUCGAUUUCGAGAGCAUGGGCGCUUGCGAGUCUGGCAGUCACGACGAAUGGCUUGGGCAGCUGGAAGAUACCGGCAACACGGUGUGUGGCCGGCAUCCCAUCGGGGUCAUGAUGGCCGCCGUUGAGGAGGUAAGGAAAGGAGCUGCUUCGCAAGGCACUGGUGCCUUCAAGUUCGUGCGGUAUGAGCGCAGUAGCGAGGUGAAGAGGGUCUCUGACAGUAGCGUGAGCUAUGCCAGCGCUUUUGCAUGCGUCUAG